UCUGGAAGUAUCCCUCGGGGGGUUCAGGCUCCGACCACACUAAUAUGUAUUUAAAAGUAUCAGUUUUCGUCUCGACUAAAAACAGAGCAAAAUAUUUUCGACCACACUAGCGUUUUCGUUUUGUUCUCACCAGUUCACACUAAUUCGUUCAGUUUUCAUUCGAAAACGCAUACUUUUUGAUAUGUUUUCGCUUACCGUCCACACUAAAACACCCGAAAACGUUGAUGGAAGCGACGGUAUAUAACUUCAGAUCAUCCUCCACUGGUGGCCAUUGCAUACAAAGCCUUAAUUUUCACUAGUGUUAUUCAGACUACGUUUUUCAUGAGCAAAAUUUGCUGAAGCUUGUUAGCUGUCAAGUUGAACGAUGUAUAUCUGUGUGUAUGUCAAGUUGAACGAUGAAUAUCAGUGUGUAUGUCAAGUUGAGCGAGGUAUAUCUGUGUGUAUGUAACACGAAAUGUACUUGUGCCAGUUUAUGGCAAGGUGGUUCGGUAGAUGAUUAAGUUCUUGCUUGUGUCAGCAGUAAACGUUGCUACAUAUUCAUGACUCAGUGUUUUUUUUACAAAUUUUCAUUAAAGACUUUCUGAUAAUUUUAAAUCUAAAAGUCUAGACAUUUCAUAUUUCAUGCCUGGCUUUCGUUUUCGUGCAAAUGUUUGUAACAUGAUACAAUUUUUUGACAAAUGUUUAACCUUCACUUCGUUUUUGUAACUUGAUAUUUUUUGCUUUCGUGCAAGCUCAAGUAGCAUUAUACUUUGUUUCUGAUGCAAACGGUUACAACUUGGAACUUCAUGUUCAGGGCAAAUCUUGGAACACGAUGUUUUUGUUUUUCGUGCAAAACGUAUGACCUUGGCGCUUUCGUUUUGUUCUGUUUUUCGGGUUUUUUUGCUUACAGUCCCGUUUUCGUUACCAAGCUGAUAUCUACAACUUACAGUUUCCAGCGGGACCGAAGAAAUAUAGUUGACGAUAGUUCCAACUAUCAUUCACUGUCAUUGACUAUCAAGACUGUCUGAACGGGGCUUAAUGUGCGCAUGGCAUGAAAUAGAGAUUAUCAUUCUCGUCCCGUAUUCCGCGUGGCUGAACAAAAGAGUCGCGGCCUCUGGGACUAAUUGAGGGAAAUUAAAAGAUGAACCAGUUUGUAUUACAUGUAAUGCAAAUUGGCUUUAAAGAUCUUUACGUGAAAUGGGGUUUGUCCCGUAAAGUCACAUACGCAAGGUACAAAGCAGUUUUGAAUUGUAGGAACAACAACAAAAAAAGGCGACACUUGAAUUAAUCGCACCGACAGGGAGGUAUGGGUGAUUCAGGGGAUAGUGAUUGUGUCAGAGAUUAUUUUAACAAUAGACUAUUGUUUGACUGGUUGUAGUUUUGGCUUGUAGUACCUGCUACGGAUGUAUAACGCCUUCUGAAUUAUUAAAUGCUAAACUGAAAUCGGAAUUCAAUUGCCCGUGAAGAAAGAUAUGCAGCCACACCUGAAGUUCUUUACAUCUCACAAAUUUGGUAUUUUUCCAAUGUAGGCUUUCAAGUUAUUUGCGUGAGACAUCAUACGAGUUUAGAAAAACUUGGAGCGGAGCAUUUGGGAAGAGUUCCAACUGUAAAUAUUUGGCGACCGCAGUUUUGAAAAUCAACUGGGGUGCGCUGGGACCGGCGGAAUGAGCUGCAUAAUUUCGUUGUCAUACGAGAGAUGCGACCAAGGAAACCUCUAAUGUGUUGUCAAUAACCACCUUUUUGGAACUUUUACUACAUAGAAAUGGCUUCCAAACGGGGUCCGCGGAAAUCUGUGGCAUUCAGAGAAGAAAGCCCGGAAGAUAUCUGGUGUAAAUAUUGCAGCAAACUGUACGAUGAGCCAAAAGUGCUGCCGUGUUUACACACGUUUUGCAAGCGGUGUGUAGGUUUAAUUAUGGGAGAAAACGAAACUUCACUGUUCUGUCCUGUGUGCCGCUCCGAGGUUGCCUUGCCGUCGAAAAAUCUCGACGAUUUGCAGCCAAACAUAAUUAUUCUCAGGAAACUUGAGGAGUUUGAAAGGCAAAAAUUACGACAGCGCGAGGAAGAUUGUAGUGGUUGCGAAAAUGGCCACAACGUGGCUUCACACAGGUGCAUGGAGUGCCAAGAAUUUCUCUGUGAUGAUUGCACACUAGCUCAUCAAAGGGUAAAGUUUACAAGAGAACAUGAGAUCUUGUCUCUUGAGGAAUUUGUCGAUAAAACAAAUCCAAAGGAAGAUUCAGUGUUCGUGACUUGCGCUAAACACAACACUGAAAAUAUAGACAUGUACUGCAAAACUUGUGAUUUAUUAACAUGCAAGGAAUGUAGAAGAACCACUGAUCAUGGAGACGGACACGAACUUAUUUCGUUGCAAAAUGCAGUCGACUCGAUUAAACCAACGCUUCUGUCAUUGCUGGACGCGACGCAGAAGAAUAUUCCCGCCUUGCAGAAGUCGGUUUACGAGAUUAUCAAGGUGUACGGUCGGUGGCAAAAUAAAAUCGAUGACGUCUCGUGGCAAAUUCGGAGAACUUCGCGCCGCCUCAUUCAAGCUGUCAAGGAGAAGGAACAUCAAUUGCUAAAAGAACUCAACACCAUUAGAGAUAACCGUUCUUCGGUACUGGUGAACCAAAAGGAAGAGAUUGAAAGGAAGUUGGUUUGCACAAUCGAUGGAUGUGAUUUCUCUGACGAGAUUCUCAAACAAGGAAAAGAAGCCGACAUAUUAGCGGUGAACAGUUUGAUUUGUCAGAGGUUAUGUGAGCUGCAGGAAAGUAAAAUCGACGCAGGUUUAAGUAAUGUUCAAGUAGGAUUUGAUCCAGAUGAGAGGCCAAUUUUAGAAGCUAUAAAGGACACGUUUGGUUCGAUUAGUGUUGGACAUGAACCGGCCGAACAAGCUAGCAACGAUGGAGCCAAAGAACCUACAGAUAAAUCAACGUUAUCAAGCUCGUUGCCGAAUGGAGGUAGUUCUGUUUCGUUUGCUUCAGCCGAUGACGACGAAACUAGUGCCAGUUCUCUUUCUUCAGAUUCGCAAAAGCCUGGUGCUGACAUGAGUUUGUCCGUUAGUGAGCGUGCGAUAAAUCAAGAUCCAAAGUCCUCCAAAAAGGCAAAAGGCGGUCGGUUUAGCUUUCCAGCUUUGACUGUUGGUAAGAAAACUAGUGAGCCCGUGGGAAAGCUAACGCCGACGGAAUUCGUCAUUCCCACGACCGAUAGCCGAGGACGUCCGAGAGAAGUCGGAGUCCAGCUCGAGUCACCCGACGGUAGUGUCAUUUCGGCUAAAGUCCUUGAUAACAAAAACGGAACGUAUUCAAUUUUCUACUGUCCGAGGUCCCCAGGGGAGCAUAAUUUGUUCGUGAGCUUAUCCGGCAAGCAUAUAAAGCACGGCAGACGCGUUUUGAAUUUCUACGGAUCUUUUUCUGGUUUGAAAGGGGAAGAACUGACGCUGGUGUGUAAAACGUUGUGCUUGAUAAAGUGGCACGUGACCCCUGGCUUAGUGCAAGUAAAGGACGGCAAAAAAGUGCCUAACACUGAAAUGAAUUUUCAUGAAGUCGGCCAGUCAGAGGCAUAAUAUGGUCAAAUGCCACGCCUGUCAAUGAUGUGACACCGUAAGGUCACAUGCCCCUCCCCCCCCCUUCCCCCUUCCAGUGACGUGCUUUGUUACAGGAUCUUAGUAACAGAAAAUCACAAUCUUAUCUCCCAACUUUACGAAUUUCAUUCUGUAAAGGACGCAUGUGAAAGGACGAGUGUUGAAGCUCCCUAUUACAUGGCUUGCUCCGCGAGUGGCCGCCAACGCCAUCAGUGGCAACCCAAGCGGACAAGGUGAGGUUAUCUUGUCCGCUUGAGAUUACCCGCUGUCUUCUGCGAGAAAAUGGUCUGACCAAACUUGUUUGACUGAGGUAGCUGAAUAUUGGCCAUUAUUUUUUUAAUGGACCGAGACGCAGUUGAGGUCCAUAAAGACACAGAACUUGGCCAGUAUUCAGCCAUCUUGAUUUCACGCUUUCAAGAUUUACCUUUCCAAAGUAAACCUUAAUAUUGUCUGCUUGACGCGACUUAAAUGUACUGGAAAAAAAAUUUCUGAGCGAGUUUUUAAUUGGCCAGUUUUGCAAGCAUUUCGCGCUAAACUUUGCAAAAAAUAAAAUAACUUUCGCUUCAGCUUGCUCAAUUUCCCUUUUAGUUAAUUUUUCAGUUUUUUCAAUACUUAUAAACAGCGAAAAAGUCUUUUGUGCAUGCAUGCCUUUUCCUCUAGAAUUAUGUAAUUUUGAUUAUUCGUUUUGCCGAAUCCACGUUGGAUUGUGCACAGUGGGGGCCCAAGAACGCACAUGCGCAUGUUAUCAGACGUCUCUUUGCUAACCGUUGUUCGAAACAUGCCUUAAACAAGUAAUAAAAUAAUACAAAAGUCCAUUCUAGAUAAUAAAAUUGACAGCUUUAAUGACUUCUUGUGUUAAAACCAGGUAGCGCAGAUUUUUAACCAGAAAUUAUAAUUACAAACACAAGUUUUACAAGCAAAAGUAUUUCAGAUUUCUUUAUUCUUUGCUAAGAUGUUAACAGCUAAUCUUUUCUACUGCUACACGUUGUUUCAGUAUUAUCAUGAGCUACAAAGGUCUCUGAAUUUGAUCAAUCAAGACCUGUCAACUUCUCAUCGAGGAGAAACUACAAGUUUAAGUGUCAAAACACGUUACAUUUUAUAAACUUCCUGUGAAGGAUUUGUGAUUACAUAACCUUGAGGCUUAGAAUGGAACUAACGUUAAUUUGAUAUAAAGUUUAUAGAUGACGUAGUCAUCACAUAGAUAUGUCAGUAAAUUUCAAAAUGCGAAUGGAAAAAGCAAGUGAUUAAGUUUUACUUCCAAGCGAAUUAAAAAGCUUAAAUUCUACUGCUCCUAGAGCAUCA